GAUCCAAUGCCAAGCUGAUCCUUCGGUUGGCCGGCCAAAUGAAAGCUCCGGUUGCUCUCGGCCGGCAGCCUUCGGCUGUCGGUGACCAUGACGAUGCAGGUGCGGUGGUCAGCCGCGAAGGCAUGAAAAAAACGCUUGUGCACGGUGAAGACCACAUGGGCAAUGUAAGUGCCAAAUAUGGCAAAUGUGCCGCAGACCGUACUGGAUUUCAUGAGCUAGAUGCGCCCGAGUUCAUCUACGAGUUGUGUAAACGCUAUCCACGUGAUAUCACACUGGUCUGCAUUGGGCCCCUGCAUAACCUUGCUGCCGCCCUGGACGCACACCCGGACUUGCCGGAGCUGCUCCGCGAGGUGGUCAUCAUGGGCGGCGCUUUCGGUGAGCGGCGUGGCAACCGAACACCCUCUGCUGAAGCCAACUUUUUUGAUGACCCAGAUGCUGCGCAGGCGGUGCUCACUGCCGGUUUUGAGCAUCUGAUCCUGGCAGGCCUGGACAUUACACACCAGACCGACAUGCUGGUCUUGCGCAAGGCGUGUCUGCAGUCGGGAUCUUCGUUGUCCCAGUUUGUCUGGGACUUGUGCGAGAAUUUCAUUUCCGUCUACCACGACUGGGGUGAGACCUUGGCUCCUGCACACGACACCGUUCCCAUCAUGUACCUGCUUCGGCCCGACCUCUUUGAGAGCCAGUCGGUGCGAGUUGAAGUCGAGACCAAGGGUGAGAUCACACGGGGCAUGUCAAUCGCUGACUGGAAGGGCCAAUGGAACAAGCCCAAGAACUGCACCGUGCUUAGAAAGAUCACUGACCGUGACGAGUUCUACAGGGUCUUUGUUCGAGCGAUUGCUCGCUUGCCCCGCUCUGAAAGCUGA